AUGCUGAACCCUCUCCGAACUCUUGCGCUCGCUGCGCCACUGGCAUCGUUGGCUGCCGCUGAGUUCCCAACUAUCCACACCAAUUACGGUCCGGUCAAGGGUGUAGCAUCUCCUUUCCGUGAAGGCGUCACAGUCUACAAGGGUAUCCCCUAUGCAGCUCCUCCCACCGGUUCGCGGCGGUGGACUCCUCCGGCUAAGCCUGCGUCGUGGACUGGCAUACUCCACGCGACUGAGUUUGGUCCCCAAUGCGCGCAGCCGUACUCUGCUGCCGGCAUCUUUUCGUCUGGAAAGAGCUCCACCAGCGAGGACUGCUUGACACUUAACAUCUGGACUCCGACGUACAACACAAGCGAUCCCAGUGAAAUUGAGGCCAAGAAGCUGCCCGUUUACGUGUGGAUCUUCGGUGGCCGCUUCGAAGGCGGCUCAGGGGAUGUUAUCACGUAUGAUGGAACUGGCCUUGCCUCGAAGGAUAUUAUUGUGGUCACCCUCAACUACCGUCUCGGUGCAUUCGGCUUCCUUGCUCACCCGGAACUGUCCAGGGAGUCAGGCCACAACAGCUCUGGAAACUACGGCAUUCUGGACCAGCAGUUUGCUCUUCGCUGGGUCCAAGAGAAUAUUGGUUGCUUUGGUGGUAAUUCUAGUCAGGUGACUGUGGGCGGCCAGUCGGCUGGAUCUGCCAGUGCCUUGGACACGAUGUGGAGUCCUCUCAGCAAGGGCUUGGUCCAUGGUGUUAUCUCUCAGAGCGGUGCCCGUGGCCCUCACGACCCGGCUACCGGCAGUGUCGCAACUAGCUACAACACCAAGUCCGAGGCCGAGAACUUUGGAGUCACCUUCCUUAAGACUAUGAACGUUUCCUCGAUUGCUGAAUUGCGCAAUAUCUCUAUGGCCAAGCUUAUUGGAGAAGGCCAACUGAUGGAGGAUGAUUACUAUGAUGGUACUGCCUUUGUUAACCUUUGGAGCGGCCCACCACGCUGGCGCCCAAAUAUUGAUGGCUAUGUGUUCCGUCACGGAUACGGAAAAUCCUUGGAGUUGAACGCCCAUAACGAUGUGCCUAUUAUGACUGGUAACAACAAGGACGAAAACAAUGGUGGUGCUUCCACAACCUCUGAAUAUAAGUCUCUAUGGACCGAGGUUUUCCAGAACUACUCCUCUGAGUUCUUCUCCCUAUACCCCGCUGAUACCGAUACCGCAGUUGGGGACCAGAGCGAUGAAGUGCUUCGGGAUAUGGCUCGCAUUGGGACCUGGGAAUGGGCUGCCGAUUGGGCUGCCGGUGGUGCCAAGAGCGAUGUCUUUGUCUACUAUUUCACCAAGGCCCCUGCCGAGGACGAGUUGGGAGGUGCCUAUCACGGUGCUGAGCUUUGGUAUACCUUCAACAACAUCCCUUACUCGGAUUACUCGAACGUGACCUGGAACGCCACGGACUAUAAGAUCGAAUCCGUCAUAUCCAACUACUGGGCUAACUUCAUCCGCACCGGCAACCCGAACGGUGGUGACCUACCGUAUUUCCCGCCCUCUAGCAACAACAAGUCUGCGAUGUGGCUAGGCGAGUAUGUUGGCGUCGGACCAAUCGCCCAGUCUAAGGAACGGAUUAGCUUCCUUCGUCGCUGGAUGUCUCAUCUUCAUGAGUAUUAG